AGUCCGAUUCGAAUCGGAUCGCGACCGUCAGGCGACUCACUUGAAUCUCACGAGCCUCGCGCGUCACGAGUCGGUCCGCCGCUUGAAUGUGACGUCAUCCGGGCAUCAUGGCGGAGUUCAGUGAGUUUGUGAACGUGCGGCGGCGAUUUAAGAUAAACGAACUAGAAGAAGAAGACGAAAAAACUGCUGGUCCUGAUGAGGAUGAGGAUGUGAAGGUGAAGUCUUCCUCUCGGAUCAACCGACACUCUGUCUUCUGGAUUCUGGCAUCCAUCGCUCUCACAUACUAUGUGGAUUUCUUCUCUGUCGUGCUGAACCACAGUGACAUUCACAGCUGGUGGUUUUCCGUGGGUCUGGUGCUGCUGGGAUUGUGUCUCAGUCUGGCGGCGUUCUGUAUCGUUUAUCUGGAGUGGUUCAGAGGCAUCAAGCACUACGAGCAGGAGUAUCCGGCCGUCCCCGCCGUCACCACCGCCGCCUUCAUCGCCGCGUCCUGCAGCUUGAACAUGGCUCUGUGGCCGGUCUGGUCCUUCUUCACGCCUGUGAUCCUCUUCACUCAGUUCAUGGGUGUGGUGAUGCUGAUCUCACUGCUGGGCUGAAGCUCAGGAGAGUCCGGCGCUGAUCCGCACUUCAUCACACGUGUGUGUGUGUAUUAACCUGAUGAAGGUCAGCUGACCUGUGACGGAACAUCAGUGACCUCCCGCUGACCUCUGACCUCAUUCAUAUCUCUCCCGUUUCAAAAGACAUUUUGUGUUUGGGUUUCCUGAAAGAGGUCGUUUGGGAAUCUUGUAAGGUAAAGAGGAUGUUUUCUUUGAGGUCCUGUACAUUCCUGAUUCGAGUGUCUUCUAAAAAUGCUUUAUAUUACCUUAAAAACGCUCUGUUUUGAGCGGUUAACUCAAGAUACUCGUGUUUUAUAUCAUGUUUUAAUGUAAUUAACCAAAUGCAUCAACUGAUGAAAUAAAAGCUGUUUGUAUUACAUGGAA